AUGGGAAAUGUGGUUUUACAGGGAGCCACAGAAGCACAGUUCUACCUUCCUGAAGAUGAUUGGUACUCAGUCAUCGAUCACAAAUACGGACAACUCAUACCGGCUGGCAAUCAGACAUUCCCUGCUCCAUGGGAAUCAUUGAUUCCAGUCCUCGUCAGAGGUGGAGCUAUAAUUCCAUGUCAAAAGCCCAAUAUUACGACGGAGCAUACUAGAAAAAACGCAUUUAAACUAGUGAUUGCUCCAGGCACACGCAUAGGUCGUUUUCAUGAUACGGCUGAAGGUUUCCUUUACUGGGAUGAUGGUGACAGCAUAGUUGAAUCAUUUGAAACGCAUCCUUACCAUCGUUGGCAUUUCCAUUUCAAUCAGUCCGAAGAUGCAGCAGAAUUGAUUAUAAGAAUGGAACAUAAAGCUGUAAGUGGAUUAUGA